UCAUGCCCGUCCCCGGUCGGGCCCCGCCCCUGGUCAGGCCCUGCCCCGGACGCGCCUCGCGGGGGCGGUUCGGGCCGUGCCGGCGCCGGGGCAGCGCCGUGUGCGGGGCCGGGAUCGCCCCGGGCUGGAGCGGGGCCGUGUGCGGGGCCGGGAUCGCCCCGGGCUGGAGCGGGGCCUGGCGCGGGAGCCGGACAGGGCAAGAACUGCAUCACAGCUUUUCCUGCUGAACCUGACCAGUGUCAAUGAUGGCAAGACUCGUAAGUGCUGCACCAUAUACCCUUUGGAUCUUUUUCUUUUCAUAUGCAACAAAUGAAGUUAUGACUGCAGGACACAUACAGGAAUUUGCAUGCUUCACUGACUUUGACAAAGAGCUGGUUUGUCACUGGAAGGUGCCAGCACAAACUAACUGUUCCAAAGAAUUCCUGCUCUGCUACAGCAAGGACAUUUCUUCUGUGUCAAACGUGUGUGUUCCUGAGAAUGGAAAAGAUACUUUAAGGUGCAUUUGCACAAUAUGUCCCGAUUAUUUUGUAUCAGGCCUCACAUAUGUUUUAGCUCUACAGUUCAAUGGGACUGAUAUAUGGAACUACAAUGUUACACCAGCCCUUGUUGUUAAGCCGAGGGCCCCCAAAAAUCUUGCCAUUGAGAAGGCUGAAAAUGGUAAUUUCAAUCUGAGCUGGGAGGAGAGCUACUCUCCUCCAUCCACGCUCUCUGGACAGCCAGUCAUCUAUGAACUGAAAUACUGGAGGAAGCAGCACCCGAUGGAGGUUUUUGUAAAAGCAAUUAACUACCAGGCAAAAAGCUUUGAGAUUACUGCAAGCUCCUUGAGGAGGGGCUAUGAUUACGUUGCAAGUCUCAGGUGUAACUACACAGACUACCCAGCCUAUUGGAGUGAAUGGAGUGAAGAAGUUGAAUUUCACAAUGAUUACCAAGUGACAGCUGAAGACAUUCUGCAGAUGGCUGUGCCCAUAUCCUGCAUACUGAUCAUGGCAGGAUCUGUCAUUUGCUACUUCUGUUUUACAAAAGUGAAGAAAGAAUGGUGGGAUGAAAUCCCAAAUCCAGCAAAGAGCCAUUUGGUUGUAAAAAAUGUCAAGUUUUCAGUUUUCUGCUACUUCGAUGAAAUUAAGUUCCCUUUCCAUGACUUAAAGCAGAGUCAUAUGGAAAAGCAAAUAAGUUGCAAGAACUGUCUGGCUCAAAGUUUGUCAAGCCAAAAUUUCAAGGGAAAAGAUAACAUCAGAAAUGUUGAGAAAUCUUGCAGCUGCCACAGCAAGUGUGGAGAGUGGUUGCCAAAAGGCAGCAGUGCAGUUUUAACCCCUGAUACAACUCCAUUUGAAGACAUUAUUGAAAUCUGUGAAUGUUUAACAGACAGUGAGACUGGGAGCCAGGAAGAGACUGGCAACCAGAUCACCAUGUUUGAGCCUUGUGAGAGCAGCAUCGGUGCUUUCAGAGAGCACAAUGAGGCACUAGCUAACAUGUUUGAUGCACUCCUGGCAGAUGAAAAUAACAUGCAAGACAAUAAAGACUCAGACAUCCUCACAGGUGAGAGGAAAACCUUCAAGAAACUUGAGUUGGAAAAUCCACCACAGCGAAAUCCAAAAGAAAGCACAGCCCAGAGUCAGCGGCCAUGGGAUGUUUCUCAUACAGCCUCUCUUUUCACCAAAGCCUCUCAAGAUGACUACAAUUGUAGUACAUCCAGCAAGGAGUCAGAACUGUCGGAAGAAUCCUUUGAAUCUGGCUAUCAGAGCUCCAGCAUAAAUUCUGCUUCUCUGGAUGCAAGAGAUCUUCAACAAAUGGUUCAUCAAAACCUUUUUCUACAUGGUUCAGAAAGUGAGCGGGACUCUUGUGUCCUGAUCCAGGAAUCUACAAAUAAACCAUUCUUUGGGACCAAAACAGACAGAAUAAACAACCCUGCAAACAGGAGUUUUGAUACCCUUGUGUCUGCACCCGUGAGGUUGUGUGAUUCUGCAUAUAAGAGCUUUGACUCCCUUAUGUCUCCAUCUGUGGAGCCCUGUAGUUCUGCCUACAAGAGCUGUGACACCCUUUCGUCACCAUCCCUGGAGCCCUGUGGCUCUGCCUACAGGAGCUUCAAUGCCCUCAUGUCCCAGUCCAUGGCCAACAGUAGCCUGACUCUGUGCUUUGAAAGUGCAUGUUCCUCACAGCCUCCAAGACAAUUGUCAGAGACACCAGAACGCAGCUGUAGAGAUCAAAUUGCUCAGCCCGCUGGCAGUGGGACAUGUCAUGUCAGCUACAGGUCUCCCUACACUGAGCUUGACUUUCCAAACACCUGUUCAGAGCGUACUGAUUUUCCAUCUUUCUCCACACAUGCAAAUGAAGGUGCUUCAGCUUUCCUAUCAGAGGAAGAAAUACAUAAGCAAGUAAUAUAUCAAAAUUUUCCAAACAAAACCAAUAUAAUUUCUUGCCCUAUUGCACCUCAGCCAUCAGGUUAUCAGCCUUUUGAUAGUGCAGGUAGAUGUAAUGGUCCAUACUGUGACAAUGAGAUUAUCUCAUUACAGGAGUCCUUCAUUGGUCUGUGCAACAAUCUCAAAGAAGCACCUCCAGAUAUUGCAAUCUGUGAACUUGACCUGAGGACAAAGGACUGUGUGUGUUUGACUGUUCAGAGUCCUGGUUGCAGCAUUGUCCCAGGUUUAGCCUCUAGUGAGAAUGACGCACAGACCAGUAAUGGCAGCCCUUGGAUCGAUAGCUCUAAUGAGCUGUCUGGUGAUAGCAAUGACGAAAAUAUCAGCAGAGAGGAACAGCUGUUGCAUUUGUUAGAGAUGAACUGUCAAGAUUUAAACAGCAGAGAAAGAACUACACAGGGAACAAAACAGAACAGCUUUAACCCUACUGGCAAAGUAAUGCAAGAGAGCGGCAAUAACAAACUGAAUACUGACUGCCACUGCCACCCACACAGCCACUUGAGGGAACUUGGAGAUGCAGGGGGAAGUGAAGAGAUGCUGAAGCAUGUAGAAGGGAAGGGGAGUGGCUCAGCAGCCGGCUUACCAGCAUCACUGGACAGCAUUAGGCUGAACUUAGGCAGAAAAACUGCAGGGCCCCUGGAGCUCCACAUCUCAGACAAGCUGUCGCUUCGUUGUCUUGUGAAUAACUCCAGUCCUUCUGAUUCUCACGCCAUUCACAGUGAGGACUCCAGACUGGCACUUGCAGUUAAAAAAAGACCAAUAGAACUGUUCAAGGAAAACAGCAGGAAGAAUGAGAAAAAAAUGAAAUUUGCGCAAGCCCUUGCCCAAGAGGACAACUGCUAUAUGGAGGUAGCUUAGCCACAUUUGCCAAGACUGAGUGAGCCUUUGGAAAUAAACUGUAUGGCAAAUUGAAA